AUGUACUCAAACAACCAGUUCAUGGACGCCCGUCCGGCGCCACGACCACCGACAGAUCGUCCCCGCCUGGCCCUCACACCCAACACCAGCAACACACUGCCCGGAAACAUGGCUGGCCUGAGCAUGCAGUCGCCCGCUUACGGCCACAGCUCAUCGAUAUCGUUGUCCCGCACACAAACGGAGAGGAGCGCCUCAUCGUCGGGCGUGGUCAAGGAGGGCAUGGUCAAGGUCAAGGACGAGGGCCUCUUCAAGUCGUUUGUGUGGGCGGAUCGGUGGCUGGUCCUAAAGGAAUUCGAGUUGAACUUCUUCAAGAGCGCAAACGCCUCCAAGGUCUCCAACACCAUCCAAUUACGCGACAUCCUCGGCGUCGAGAGGUCUGACACACAGCCGCUCUCGUUCGAGAUCACACGGUCGCUCAACCCCAGCAAAGGCUCGUCACCACCUCGCGACGGACCAACAAAGAUCAUCACAUGCAAAGUCGAAACAGAUGACGACGUCUAUUCCUGGAUCGACAGCAUAUACCAGCGCUGCCCCAGCAUGGGCGGUGUCAGUAACCCCACAAACUUCACACACAGAGUACAUGUUGGUUUCGACCCAACCAGCGGCGCAUUCGUCGGCUUGCCUGUAGAAUGGGAGAAGCUCCUGACAGCGUCUGCACUGACCAAGGAUGACUAUGCAAAGAACCCCAAGGCCGUGCUCGAAGUCCUCGAAUUUUACACAGAGAAGCUCGUCAAGCGCGCCGACGACCCUCAUCAGUACUCGAGCCUCACUCCUACCCCUGGCGUCAACACUGGUUCAGAGAAGCAGCUUGGCUAUGGCGCCGGUGGCAACUCGGUCGCACCUCCUCGCCCCGCACCCCCGGCUCAGUAUCAGCGCAAGGACAGCUACAGCACGGGUUCGCGGCAGAACACACCGCCCAAUGGUGGGUAUUCGGCUCCUCAGCAAAACAGCGCUUCUUCGGCAGACCGCUACGAUCAAGAACGACGUAGACAAGAGGACCAGGUCCGAAUGCAGCGCGAGCGUGAGCGGGAGAGGCAAAGACAAGAGCAAGAAAGGCGAGAGCGCGAGGAACUGGCCGCAUACAAUGCCUCUAUACCACAGAAGAAGCUUCCAAUGGCCCAGCAAGAGUUUGGGGGAGGUAGCUACGAUGAACGAGAUCCGAGCCCCUCGAGCACGUCGCGCUAUAACCCUUCUCGCCCAGCUCCUUCGACUCCUGGAUCGCAAAAGGCCCCAGCAGCUCAAGCGCCUGGCUCACUUCGCCAGAUGGCAGCGCAGCGUCCGGCUCCUUCUGCGCCGCGACAGCAGCAGAAUGGUUCUGGAUACGGCGCGUCGCCUCAGUCCAAGAUUCCAACCUCGCAGCAACGCCCACCGGUCCAGCCAAACUCGAGCUACUCUGGCUCGCAGAACCAAGUUCCUCAAGUUCGCGCCCAGCCGCAGCAACAGAAGCAGUACCAGGGCUCAUCUGCAGCACCGAAGCCACUCAAUGUCGCAAAGCCUACUGGAGCACCUGCCAGCGAUGCUGUCAAGAAGGCCGAGGCAGCGCUCACCGCAAAGCCCAAGGAAGAAACGCCGCGAAAGGACGUCCGAAUGUCGAGCAUGUCAGAGACCGAAGUUAUGGCAAAGCUACGAGAAGUUGUUUCCAAAGACAAGCCUCUGGAGUCUUACAACAAGCAGAAGAAGAUUGGUCAGGGUGCCAGUGGUUCUGUCUACGUCGCCCGCAUUCGCGAAGGCGCCACCUCGGCUAUGGCACGCCGCAUCCUUCAAGAGAACGGACCGCGAGCUCAGGUCGCUAUCAAGCAGAUGGACCUCCGCAACCAGCCUCGCAAAGAGCUGAUUGUCAACGAGAUCAUUGUCAUGAAGGACAGCAAGCACCCCAACAUCGUCAACUUCCUCGAUGCUUUCCUGCAAGAAGAGCAGUCAGAGCUCUGGGUAGUCAUGGAGUUCAUGGAGGGUGGUGCUUUGACUGAUGUCAUUGACAACAAUCCGACUAUCACCGAGGACCAAAUCGCCACCAUCUGUUUCGAGACUUGCAAGGGUCUGGAGCACCUGCACAACCAGAACAUCAUCCACCGAGAUAUCAAGAGUGACAAUGUUCUGCUCGAUGGACGUGGUAAUGUCAAGAUCACUGAUUUCGGUUUCUGCGCAAAGCUUACCGAACAACGAUCCAAGCGCGCGACAAUGGUCGGUACACCCUAUUGGAUGGCGCCCGAAGUCGUCAAGCAAAAGGAGUACGGCAACAAAGUCGACAUCUGGUCACUGGGCAUCAUGGCCAUCGAAAUGAUCGAAUCCGAGCCGCCGUACCUCAACGAGGAGCCCCUAAAGGCUCUCUACCUCAUCGCCACAAACGGCACGCCCCGCCUGAAGAAGCCCGAUAAGCUGUCCAAAGAACUCAAAGCCUUCCUGUCCGUCUGUCUUUGCGUCGACGUCAAGAGCCGCGCCAGCGCGUCGGAGCUCAUGAGCCACGACUUCCUCAAGAGCGGAUGCAGCCUCAACAGCCUCAGCCAGCUGCUCAACUUCAGGAAGAACGGCAGCCACUAA